CUCCAGUGUUUCGUCAGUGAUGCACUAUCCCGUGCUUUCCCCCUACGAGGCAUGUCUUCUUCACACUACACCACUCCUGCUUCGUCGCAUGAAUUCACCGCGCCGUCGCCUCUUCCCAGCUGAACUGGCUACUUCACCGUAGGUUUGGUGUUUGUCCGGCCCACCGCAGCCGCCCGGCAGCUGUGCCCUCUGCUCCUGAAGGCAGUCCCCGUCAUGACCUCCUCCUUCUGCUAUUUUGCCGAAAUUCGCUAAAUGGGAUUCGUGGCUGGUCCGAGGUUUCCACAGCAACUGGCCAUCCGUUUCCACUAUUUCUCUAAUGAGGACAGCCAUACGGAUUUAACACGGUUCCUCGCUGCGCGUCUCUGAUUUUUGGGCUGAAUCUCAAGACGCGUCAAAGGUCUGCACAUGGGGGCGGGCAAGAGCAAGCCCAAGGAGCCGGGCCAGCGCUCCAUGAGCCUGGAUGGCACCAUCGGCACAGGCUCAGACAGCGGGCACUUCCACCACCUGGGCCCCGCCCAGCAGACCCAAACCCCAAACAGGAGCCCUGCCGUUGGAACAGGCAGGCGGGGGCAUCAAGGGCAGCACCAGCACGCCCCAACAAACACUCCUGAGUUGGCUCUUUUUGGAGGGGUGGACCACACAGGCACCAUCACCUCGCCUCAGAGAGGACCUCUGUCAGGAGGUGUCACUACAUUUGUGGCGCUGUAUGACUAUGAGUCACGGACAGCAUCUGAUCUGACCUUUAGGAAAGGCGACAGGCUGCAGAUUGUCAACAACACGAAAAAGUACAGCUUCAGAGAAGGGGACUGGUGGCUCGCUCGCUCCCUGACGACAGGCGAGAGUGGUUAUAUUCCCAGCAACUACGUGGCUCCGUCCGACUCCAUCCAAGCAGAAGAGUGGUAUUUUGGGAAGAUCACUCGGCGUGACUCCGAGAGGCUGCUUUUGAACCUACAGAACAGACGAGGAACCUUCUUGGUGAGGGAGAGCGAGACCACUAAAGGGGCAUAUUGCCUGUCGGUCCUGGAUUUUGAUAACACCAAAGGCCUGAAUGUUAAACAUUACAAGAUCAGGAAGCUGGAUAGCGGAGGUUUCUACAUCACCUCCCGCACCCAGUUCACCAGCCUACAGCAGCUAGUCUUCCACUACCGCAAGCACUCUGAUGGGCUGUGCCACGCUCUGACAGAUGUGUGUCCUGUGGCCAAACCUCAGACCCAGGGACUCGCCAGGGACGCCUGGGAGAUCCCUCGAGAGUCACUCCGCCUCGACCUUAAACUGGGACAGGGCUGCUUUGGAGAAGUCUGGAUGGGUACAUGGAACGGUACGACGCGAGUAGCCAUCAAGACCCUAAAGCCUGGAACCAUGUCUCCGGAGGCCUUUCUUCAGGAAGCACAGGUCAUGAAGAAGCUGAGGCACGAGAAGUUAGUCCAGCUGUACGCUGUGGUGUCUGAGGAACCCAUCUACAUUGUGACUGAGUAUAUGAGCCAAGGUAGCUUAUUGGACUUCCUUAAAGGGGAAGCAGGAAAGUUGCUUCGUCUGCCUCAGCUGGUAGACAUGGCAGCUCAGAUUGCUGCGGGCAUGGCCUACGUGGAGAGGAUGAACUACGUCCACAGAGAUCUGCGUGCUGCCAACAUCCUGGUGGGAGAUAACCUUGUGUGUAAAGUGGCUGACUUUGGUCUGGCAAGACUCAUUGAAGACAAUGAGUACACUGCAAGACAGGGAGCUAAGUUCCCAAUCAAAUGGACAGCACCGGAGGCGGCUCUGUACGGUCGCUUCACCAUCAAGUCAGACGUCUGGUCCUUUGGUGUGCUGCUCACAGAGCUGGCAACUAAAGGCAGAGUCCCCUAUCCAGGAAUGGUGAAUCGUGAGGUGCUGGACCAGGUGGAGCGCGGCUACAGGAUGCCCUGCCCCGCAGAGUGCCCCAGCUCCUUACACGAGCUCAUGCUUUCCUGCUGGAGGAAGGACCCGGAGGAGAGGCCUACGUUUGAGUACCUGCAGGGCUUCCUAGAGGACUACUUCACCUCCACAGAACCCCAGUAUCAGCCUGGGGAGAACCUAUAGAACCACAUACUAAACCGAAACCGAGGGUCAAGAACCUCAACACAGAACGAUCUGCACUAACCGACCUCAGAGGAACGCCUGUGAGAGGAUCUGAGCCUGUGAAACUCACCUGGGAGGAACUUGAGAUUCUUCUGUGAAAGCAUAACUGAGAUAGAAACCCCCUGUGCCCCUUCCCCCUCCCCUCUGUGCCAUUAAGGAACUGCUGCAGAAGAACCUGGAGAACCUCCUGCUUGAAAGCACUAACUGUUUAGUUUAGGUUCACCCCACAGGAAUGAGGUUCAGAACGGGAAGAGUAGAACUCUUGCUGGACAAAUUCUGAUUUGACUGAGGGACUACACUUGCGGGUAAAUGUCUUUGAGAGGUGCAACCGAUGUGGGAGGAACCGAAUCAGGAUCCACUGAUGGAGCAAGAGGGAAAAAGAAGCAGCCUCAAAGAGAGAAGGAAGAAGAGGGAAAGUCAAGGGAGGAUAUUUCAGUUGGGCAUGAGCUGUUUAGCAACACCUCCUGCUUUCCCUCUUCUGUCAUGUCUCUUUCCCCUCGUCUGGUACCUUUUCCGCCCACAGAAGAGCACUGCCACUGUGGCUCAGGUGCCAAAGGAAAGUCUGUCUUGCUUAAAUUGUCCUUUAUCUCCCUUCUUCCUCUCUCCUCGUUCUCUAUUUCUGUCUAACUUUCAGUAUCUCUCCAGUUUUCUCAAGUGCUGCUUCUUCAAAGUGUCUCCAAAUAACUCAGCUCUGGAACUCUACUUUGCAUCUUUAUUUAUGUUUACUUGGACAGUAUACGUCCUGUGGUUUAAGGUUUUGGUCAGUUGCAGACAAAAGUUCCUGAUUUCUCUUUAUUAUUUCUGUGAUAAUCAAUAGGCAAGGUUGUUAGAACCACUACCACGGUAGUGCCAGAUAAAUGUACUCUACAGGCAGGUUCUGUAAUGCUGAAAAUUGGGUCAUUUCAAUUCAAAUUUGAGGCCUUUAUCUCAUGUUUGUCCCGUCUUUUUCCAGCUGUAUCUAUCUACACUGAACGGUCUUUGUGGCCUGCUGGAUCCAACCUCGAUGAUUAAAGCUGAUUCUGAUGCAGAUAGUGUUUGAUUGCUUGUUGUUUUGAUUGAGCUUGAUUUAACUGGAAAGUCGCAUCGAAAAUAAUCAGCACUGUUGUGGUGGCAGUACAGAGCAGUUUUAAUAGUUACCAGCUCAUUUCCUCAGAGGCAUAAACGGGGUAAGUGUCAUCAAACAUUUAUGUGACCUACUAAGAGGCUGAUCUGGCUACCAAACAAAUCAUAUUACUGUUCAAUAUCCAAGUCAGCUCAAGAUGGGAAAACCCUGAGAGUAAAAGCCUGCUGUGUUCUGUGCCAAACAAAUCACAUUUCUUUACUGCUGUCUAUGUAUAUACUGUUUUAUUAUCAACAGGCUUUCUUGGGGGUUUUAGUUCUUUAACAGGCAACUGUUUACUUAAAAGAUACAAUUAAAGUCUCUGCACCAUUUCCCCAGUAAACAUCAUGUUAGUGAGUGGACAGGACAGAUAAACCUGCUACUGUUUGCUUAAGUAUUAAAAGGGUUUUUACCCUCCUCACAGCUGUUGUGAUCAUAAAAAUAUGCAACCAGGCAGCCCUAAUGAAAGUGUAAAACUUUGAUCAGGUAACCCCAAUAAAACUGUGUUUAUGACUUACUAUACGAGUUGAUUUUGAAACCAGUUAGCAUGCUUUUGUGCCGUUCUUCUCUUGACCAUUGGCUGGGUUUGUAUUUAUGCUGUAAUGUACAUCAACAUGUGUAUGUUUACUCAAGGUUCAGGUUAGGUUGAGGCGAGGGGGGGGGGGGUCAUAAACAAACAUCGUAACAUUUGUGCCAUCAACCUAUAAUUAAUUUUUUGAUAUCUUAUCCACUGCUGCCAGUUCUCAAUGUCAUACUGUACAUACUGUAGCUCUUUAGGGUUGGUUUUGUAUCUUGUACGCCACUUUCAAAUGGCAGAUAUUUAUGUUGAGUGUCGCACAUUUCACAGUGGUUUGGUUUAUGACGUAGUUGAUACAGCAACAGUAGAUAUGAUUAUAGCUUAUUACCAACAAAUACUAUGAAACCAGUCAUCAAAGUAUGAGCCAUGCAGCAAUAAGUCAGAGGAUAGCCCAUGCCCGCCAAAACCCUGCAAUUAUUAUCCAUUGAUGAUGAAUGAUGACGGCUAAUUUAAUCAGUAACGUGGACUACCCUGAAACCACAAUGAGAAAGGAGUUUGGGUUGUUAUAUCGUAUGAAAAUGAGGUCAAAGAUGUAAAUAGUAUCUUAAACAAAUGACUGUGACUAUCAUGUAAUUUGUUUUUGUAUAGUUUUAUUUGAACUGCACCUCCAUGCUGAGGUUUUUACAGUGACGCACGCCUGCUCCCCAAAAUGUUUUAAUAAUAAGAUGCUACUGUAAAUUAGGCUUAUGGAAUGUUUUUAUUUUUUAAAAUAUUGGACUUAAUAUAAAAUCAUAUUCUGUUUGAAACCUCUAUAUCUGCAAAAGACAAUAAAAAAUUCGGCUUGGUGCAUAUAUUUCCAAGAACAUGUACACGAUCAGCGCUUUCCUCUUUUGAAAUGGGAAUUACCCAGUUUGUUCUGACGCACUGAGCCGCCUGUCAGUCAUGUGGAAGUUGAUGGGCUCAUGACAAGUGUGAGUAGCCAAGGUCUGAUUGGAUUUUUCUGUGCCAUAUUAAAGACGUGUCUCAGUCUUUUUGUUGUUGUUUUUUUAUUUAUUUUUUUUUAUAAAUCUAUGCAGUUUCAGUCUGGCAUUCCUGCAAUUUUAUGGCCAUUUUAUUCUAAAGUCAAAAACAAUGAUCAUAAACAGAAGGUGUGAGCAUUUUGUAAGGACUUCUUUUGUCUUUUUUUUUUUUUUUGUUCUGAUGUAACAGGAUUGAAAUGGGUGUUGUGCCACUUUAUGUUGAUCUUAU